GUUCGGUUGAGUUUAGGUUAGCAAAGUCUGUAUCACAAAGAAAAAAAAAAGGCAAAAUGGUGUGUCAUACAAAACAGUCGUAAUACUGGAAACAAUCAAAUGUUUAAAUUUUUAGUGAUUAAAUUAACACAAAACUUUUUUCAAUAUGUGAGAUAUAGUACUCGUAUUAUUUUAAAAUUUAAAUAAGUACGUGUCGUUCGUGAAAAAGAAAGAAAAUCAACAUCGAAGCUCAUUCAACAUUGUCCGCGUUGUCAUCUCGACCUCACAAAUGACCUGCAUUUUAUUUGUUUGGAGUGCAAGUGUUGAUUGGUAGGUAUUUAAAUUGAAUGAUGAAAUGAAAGAAUGAAACGUGACACUAUUAUUACCUGCGUGGAGCCAAAUCACAGAGUAAGAACGAUGACCACAGUACUUGAUGGCAGCUAUCAACAACUCGAUCCUUACUCUGCGGAAAAUGGAGAUGGCGAAGGAGAUGAUCCUGACGAAACACCACAUGAAUCAGGUGUUAUGAUUCAUGUGGUUCCGGAAGGUGGAAAAUCGCGAUGGAACCAUAUAGAAGAUUUAGAUUCAUUUUUUACUAGGAUGUACCAUUAUCAUCAAAAACAUGGUUUUGCUUGUAUGAUGUUACAAGAAAUUUUAGAGCUUGGUCAAUUUAUUUUUGUUGUCGGAUUUUCAACCUUUCUGUUUCAUUGUAUAGAUUAUUCAGUACUAUUUAAGGAUAAAGUAAUAGAUAAUUCUUCGCACAAAACAUCAAUGAGUGAUGCAAUAUUAUCGUCUAAUGAAAUUUUAUCGUCCAUGGGAUUAAUAACGUGGAUAUGUAUUUUAAUAGCUGCAAUAUUUUGGAUACUACGUGCUGUGAAAGUUUUGUAUCAUUUAACACAAUUUUGGGAUAUUAAAAUGUUUUUUAAUAUCGCAUUAAAAAUAGAUGACAAUGAUCUUGAUAAUUUAACCUGGCAUGAAGUUCAAAAACGCAUCAGAGAGGUACAGAAAGAUCAAGAGAUGUGUAUUCAUAAACGAGAAUUGACUGAAUUAGAUAUUUAUCAUAGAAUAUUGAGAUUUAAAAAUUAUAUGGUAGCUAUGAUUAACAAAUCACUUCUACCAGUUAGACUUAAGGCUCCAAUUGUUGGCGAAUUUAUUUUUAUGACACGAGGAUUAAAAUACAACAUGGAGUUGUUACUAUUUUGGGGACCAUGGUCACCUUUCGAAAAUAAUUGGCAUCUUAAAGAAGAUUAUAAAAAAUUAAAUAAGAGACAAGAACUUGCAAGGAUGUUGUCCAAACAAAUACUGUGGGUUGGAUUAGCUAAUUUUAUGUUAUGUCCUCUUAUAUUACUAUGGCAAAUUUUAUACUCAUUUUUUAACUAUGCUGAGAUAAUUAAAAGAGAACCAGGGACAUUGGGAACACGAAUGUGGUCCCUGUAUGGUCGUCUUUAUUUACGACACUUUAAUGAACUAGACCAUGAAUUAAACGCACGUCUAAAUCGUGCUUAUCGUCCAGCAUCCAAGUACAUGAGUAUUUUUACAUCACCUGUUAUGACAGUAAUAGCUAAAAAUAUAGCCUUUAUUUGCGGAAGUAUUCUUGCAGUUUUAUUAAUUCUCACAGUAUACGACGAGGACGUUUUAACAAUAGAACACAUGCUUACAACAAUGACAAUUCUCGGAGCGAUGGUAGCUGGAGCCCGUGCGUUUAUUCCAGAUGAAAAUCUUGUCUGGUGUCCGGAAACACUUCUUACAGCUGUUUUAGCGCACACGCAUUAUCGGCCAGACAGUUGGAAAGGUCAUGCUCAUACACAAACUACGCGAGCACAAGUCGCCCAAUUAUUUCAAUACCGAGCUGUUCAUUUAUUAGAAGAAUUAUUGUCGCCACUUCUCACGCCAUUUAUUUUAUGUUUCUAUAUGCGACAACGAUCUCUUGACAUCGUUGACUUCUAUCGUAAUUUUACUAUUGAAGUUACUGGGGUCGGUGACGUGUGCAGUUUUGCUCAGAUGGAUGUGAGGAAACACGGGCAUCCUAUGUGGCAAACUCUGCCUGUCACUCCUGAAGAGGAUCGUACUGAUGGCUAUAAUAAUUAUGGUGGAGAGCGAAAUACUCUUCAGAUUCCAAUGUCUAAUCAAUAUACUCAAGCUGAGGAUGGAAAAACAGAGUUAUCAUUGAUACACUUUACGUUAACGAAUCCCGAGUGGAAACCACCGAGUCACGCUGAAACGUUUGUCACGGCCUUACGAGAGAGAGCUAAGAAAGAAGUUGACAUAAUACCAGGGGACAUAAAUCCACUGAUGGCUAGUCUUAAUAGUCUUUCCAGUCUUGGACCAGGAUAUAAUGAUAUCGUGGCCAACAUAAUUUGUAAUACAGUAGUCAAUCACGUCAGCGUUCCAAGUAUGAGUAACGUAUUUGGAAAUCAAUCAGCAGCGACAACGUCAAUCGGUGCUGAUGCGUCCAACAAUCGUUCCGAUUGCUUAUCAAGCUUUGUCAGGAAAGGCAUGACUAAAGCUGAGGGUUUACUGCAUAAUGAACGAGGUCUGCUCUAUGGUUUGCAGCAAGGAAUAUCUAAUCAAUCUCUUGGUGCUUCCGUGUUUGGAUCCGGCCAAGAGUUAACACCUGAUUUCUCAGUCCCGAUAGAAUUCACUGCAGCUGAUAUGUCCCUAUCCACUUUGUACCUGCAUGAGCUUCAUCAUAAACAAAUAAGAAGAAGAGGUUACCAAGAAAUGGCCACUAGAAGUAUAUGGCAACGGAGUCCAGUUCAAGAAUUGUCUACUUUGUCAGAAGUAAGACAAGAAAGAGCCCCAUUAUUAAAACAUCAAGAUUCUUCGAUACGAUCAACACGAGACUCUUAGUAUCAUUAAAUAAUUUAAUUAUCGACUAGAUUAUUGGUGCAAUCGUAAUCAUUUAAAAUUAAUAAAAUAUUUUUAUUGACAAAAAUUUAAGUUUAC